AUGGCGAGAAGCGAACCGAUUGCCUACCUGAAUGGUCGCAUGGUGCCGCAGUCGCAGGCGGCGGUACCGCUUUCCGAUGCCGGCUUUGUGCUGGGGGCGACCGUCACCGAGCAACUUCGCACCUUCGGCGGGAAGCUCUUUCGUCCGGCCGAACACUGGCGGCGGCUUGCGCAAUCGCUGGAGAUCGUGGGUGUCGAUGCCGGGCUUUCUCUGGAACGGCUUGACGAUGUUGCGAGUGAAGUGGUUGAGCGGAAUCUGGCUUGCGACCCGCCCGGGGGUGAGCUUGGACUUGGGGUAUUUAUCACACCAGGGCCGUAUGCCACGUUGGCUGCGGGCUCGGACACUGGGCCGACGGUGUGUGUGUACUCGUAUGCUUUGCCAUUUCACUUGUGGGCAGCUGCGUACGACGCUGGUGUGAAGACCGUUAUCUCAUCGGUGCGGCAGGUGCCCGGCGAUUGUUGGCCGGCCGAACUGAAGUGCCGCAGCCGCAUGCACUAUUACCUGGCCGAUCUGGAGGCCGCACGAAAGCAGCCGGGUGCGAAGGCGAUCUUGCUCGACCACGACGGCUGCCUUUCAGAAACCUCGACUGCUAACCUGCUGCUGCAUUUGCCAGGUCGAGGUUUGGUAUCGCCACCCUCGCAAGACACCCUAGCAGGAAUCACGCUCAACUUUGUGGGAGAACUGGCCGGGCAGUUAGGGAUUGCGCUCGCACGCCGACCUGUUCCGGCAGAGGAAAUUGAAGCCGCCGACGAACUGAUGCUGACGAGCACCCCCUCUGGGAUUCUGCCAGUCGUCGAGUGCGAUGGCCGUUCAAUCGGGGCGGGCAGACCAGGGCCUGUCUAUCAGAAAUUGCUGGCUACGUUCAGUGCGGCCGUUGGGGUGGAUGUUGCCCGUCAGGCGAUGGAUGCUAAGUUUCUAGCGACGAGCGACCGGUUGGUUAGAGAGGCCGGUGGGAGUCGAACCCACUUUGACCGGGUUGCAGCCGGUUGCCUGGCCGUCUGGCUCCAGCCUCUUGUGUUAGGGCCGGCGGUUUUAGGAGCCCCGAACUCCUUUCGCCGAAAGUGUUUUCUCGAGCAGUCAGUUAUGAAACGUCGAAUUUCGAGCAGAAAGCCCCGCCGUGGAGCCACGUUAAUUCUUAUGGCCCUGAUGAUGGUCGGCCUGUUGGGCAUGCUCGCCUUCGCUACAGACGUCGGUUACAUCGUUCUGGUUCGCACUCAACUGCAAGUGGCUGCCGAUUCGGCUGCAGUGGCAGCCGGCAGCGUGAUGGGCGGAUCACAGCAGGAGAUUAUUGGCACCGCGCGACGGUUCGCAGAAAGCAACAUUGCCGGCGGAACCACGGUGAGCCUGGCCGACUCUGAUGUCGAGUUUGGCACCUGGGACGCCAAUCGGCGAGAGUUUACGCCAACUGGCGAGGUUGGUAACGCCGUGCGUGUCACUUGCCGGCGCGAUGCGACAAACGCUAAAGGGGAAUGCCCUCUGUUCUUCGCCCGAGUGUUUGGCAACGAAUCGUUCUCGAUGGAAGCCCAAGCCGUGGCUAUGGCGAACCCCCGGGAUAUCGCAUUUGUGGUCGACCUCUCAGGUUCGAUGAACGACGACACCGAGCCUGGUUGGGCUAGCGAUACCAUCAACAAAGAGUUCUCAGGCCAUGGAAAAGUUGGCAACCAACUUGCACAGCAGUUCUACGACGACUUUUCGUUCGGCGCCUUCCCUGGAAAACUGGAGUACAUCGGCGAUCCGUUGGGCUUACCGCGGAACAAGUGGGCUUAUGCCGAAAUGACGAAGAACGAUGGACCGUUGAGUGGUCGAUCGAUUCCGAGGCAAUAUCGCAUCAACGAUGGUGACAACGAGGCCGUGCGAAAGCAAAAAGCCUAUUCAUGGAUGAUUGAUCACCAAAUCGCCGACGUAAUGCCGGCUGCAGUUCCGGCCCCAGAUAGCUCGCAGAACUACGCCUACUGGGAGAAGUACCUCGACUACAUUCUUCUCUCGGUGAAGAUCACGCCUCCGAAGCCACCUAGCGGCGGAGGUGGCGGUUCCGGCGGCGGAGGAGGUGGAGGAGGCUCCGGGGGCGGCGGAGGAGGUGGAGGUGGCGGCGGUAGUAGUGGACCAAAGGCCCCGCCGAUUGGACAAGUUGAGCCGCCAACGAAAAACGGUGAUUGGAUCGCCUUGUGGAAUGAGCCACCCGGUACGGCCGUGCUGUUUGAGGGCAGUCAACCGCUGGCCACUACGGCUUCAACUACAUCGACUCUGGGAUUAACACUGAAUCGCGUUGGAAUGUUGGCAACCAAGGGGACUCCUCCGACCAACCGAGGGCGAAUACCACCGAGCCAGGACGGAGACCGAAUCAACAAGUUCAAUAACCCGAACAAAACGACGUUUCCGAAGGCGAAGAACGCGAACAAGUACCGCAACUGGAUUGGGUAUCUCACAUACACUCAAUUCAUGCUCGAUCAUGGUCGGGAUCUGCGACCCGUGGGAAGGGAAUAUGUUCCGCUCUCGAUUAACAGCCGCGAUUGCCCUUACCACGGCGAGGAAACCGCCGGAGGCACGUUCGAUUUUCCUCCCCGCGAACAGCCGACGCAUGCCGCACGACGUGCGCUGAUUGCUGCGAUCGAGGUGGUUCGCGAUCGCAACUCGAGUCUUCCCGAUCCUAGUCAGGGCGAUCAGGUAUCAGUGAUCAGCUUCGACACCCUUUCCGGGGCUGGUCCGGUAGUGGAGCAGCCGCUCACGACGAACUUCAAGCAAGCCAUGCAGUCAUGCACGCGAUUGCAAGCGGUUGGCGACAAGGGCGCGACUACCGCCACUGAAGGUGGGCUGGAACUGGCCCGUCAACACUUGGCCUCGAAGCGCGAAGGUGGCAAGGGCCGCGAGUUCACGAACAAGAUUGUGGUACUGCUGACCGACGGUGUGCCCAAUCUUUAUGCCAGUUCCGACUCUGAGAUCAAUGGCUACAUCGCACAGAAUCCAAGCAGUGAUUUCUACAACAAUGGCGCGUACUGGUACGAUGGUGCACUAAUGCAAGUUUCCAUCAUGGAUGACCAGCGGUGGCAGAUUUAUCCCGUUGGAGUUGGAUUGGGUACCGAUUACGAUUUCAUGGACCGCAUGGCGAGAAUGGGAAACACCGCCACAGGUGCCGGUCAAAGUGCCCGCGGUAGCGGGAACCCGGCUGAGUAUGAGCAGCGGUUAACGGAGAUCUUCGAAGAGAUCAUCACCAACCCGAAAGCUCGGUUGGUGCAGUAG